AUGACGUUCGCCACGACCCGACACGCACUUGUGCUGGGCGCUGCAGCUUUUCUGCUUGAUGCUGUCCACGCACAUGGCUACUGCAGCCGUCCGGCCGUGAAGUUCCCCAACGACGUCGACACGACGCAGUUCGUUGCAACGAUCGAAGCCACUGCGUCGGGUCUACCGGGAUCGUUCACGGGGUCAUCUGCCGACAACGCGGCCGCGUUCUGGACCGCGUUCAAAGCGAGUAAGUACGCGUCGCUCAAGGCCUUUGCCACGAGCUUGGGGCAAGUCGUCGUGCCGGGCGCGACGAUCGAGUGCGGCCUCACGGACCCGAACGAGUCGCCGCAGCCCGUGCCGGACGAGAUCGAGUGGUCGCACUCGGCGUCCGAAGGCUUCACGCCGUCCCACGAAGGGCCGUGCGAAGCCUGGUGCGACGACACGCAGGUGUUCCAGGACGACAACUGCGCUGCGCACUUUACUUCAAUUCCAGCCACGAUGCCCUACGACAAGGCCAAGUGCUCGGGCGCGAGUCGGUUCACGUUCUACUGGCUCGCGCUGCACUCGUCAACGUGGCAGGUGUACGUCAACUGCGCGGCACUGGCGGGCGGCAGUGGGAACUCGCCGACUCAAUCGGACGCGUACGCGAGUGAGUCGACGGAGCAGUCGGACCAGUUGACGCCACCGACGAACUCGACGGGCAACUCGCCGCCCUCGACGACGCCAACUGCUUCGACAAACGCAACGGCCAAUGCGACCGCUACACCGGAUCCGUCGUAUUCGUUUGGGGGACCAAAUGGGUCGUCACCUGCGACACCUGUUCCAGAGACUACGAACGAGUCUACAGCACCGUCGACCCCUUCGGUUGCGCCAAACGGUACGCCUCCAGCUGACCUGUCGACCACACCGGCAUCUCCUGCUCAGUCAUAUUCGUUUGGAGGACCCAAUGGUUCGCCAAGUACUUCGGAGGUCGUUCCGACGAACUCGUCACCUGUUCCGGAGACUACGAACGGGUCUUCCGCUGACCCGUCGACCGCACCGGUUGCACCAAAUGGUACGCCUUCCGCUGGCCCGUCGACCACACCGGCACCUCCUGGUCAGUCGUAUUCGUUUGAAGGACCUAACAGUCAGCCAAGUACUUCAGAGGUCGUUGUAGCGAACACGGCAACUACUUCGGGACAGCCGGACACACCUCCAGCCACACCUGCUACGCCAACGACGGAGGUGAACUCACCGCCGACGCUGAAUGCUUCGCUCAGUACCAAUGACAGCGUCGUGCAGGACUCGAUCCCGGUGGGCGUUGCUGGCAGUGAGGAAGAAGACUGCGGAUCGCUUGAUAUUGCUGGUAGCGAUGGCAACGAAGCCGCAGACCCAACAGCUCCAGCUACGGAAGAGGACUGUGGAUCGCUGGACGUUGCUGGCAGCGAAGAAGAAGAUUGCGGCUCUCUGGACAUGGCGGGCGAUGAUCCCGAAGGCGUGGACAGCAUUGCUAGCAAAACGAGCACUGGACUGGCCAACGUGACAGCCCCUGCAAGCGAAAACACUUCUGCGAUCUCGGAAUCGUCGCUGAACUUCGAUGACAUCAGCCGCGACUACACUGGAGGCAAAGUGCAAGUUCCGCUCCAAAAGUAG